ACCCAACCCCAAACUUCAAUAGUUUGAAACGAGAAGCCAAGCAAGUAAAAUCCAAUCGAAAAGAACAAGAAGGGACAAAGGGAAAAGGAAAAAGAAGAGAAGAUCAGAAAGAAAGCGCUAAGAUGAAGGAUAGGAAAGGAAGAAAAGAGAGCUACCUUAGGGAGAGGAGAGAGGAAGAGAAUAUCAGAAACUAAUGCUACAAAGGAGAUCGAUAGGGAAGAAAGGGGAGCAGAAAGAGAAGAGGUAAAAUAAAAAGAAGGACACUGUCUGAGCAACUUAAUGGUCGCACCUGUCUGGCUGAUAGCGAUCUUUGGCGUACGGCUUAUUUGUCCGCAGGGAGCGCAGUCCAUCUCCGCGGUGGCGUUUACUCUUCUUUGGGUGUAUGUAGCUGUUCGAUCUGUAAUAAGAGAAGGAUGCUCAACAAGAGAUACCCAGGUACUUAACAAGUUAACAGCACCCUUGAUGCACUCUUGCGUUAUCAGAUAUCUGUAGACGACGAGGCAAGACAAGGCGGGAUCAAAGCGAUGUAUGAAUUCUGCAUAGCGUCACUCUUGCCGAGAAGGGACUUAGACAUAGACUCUAGCUCAACCUUCUAUUAGCUUGCUUUAAUGUCCUCACUUAAAACUUGUCACGCUGCGAGGAAAAUGCAUAAACGUCUGGGUCAUCGCUGCCGUGGCAUUGACUCGCUUGGGUAUCUUUGGCCACACAUCCCUCCUUCACAUGAUAACCUCGUUUGCCACAUCCUAAUAAGCAAGAGUUAGCUCGACAUCCAGGAAGUUUACUAUUUGGGGAUACGGUCGACAUACUCUUUUGAGUUCCUUAAACGGC